AUGGCGGAUUACGACGAGAUGGCGCCAUCUCCGCCCACUCCUCUCUCUCCCGAGGAGGAGGACGAGCUGUGGUCUGAACUCGACAGGUGCGUGUCGGAACACUGCGAGAGCUACGAAGCCAUCGACGAUGCCCUUCGGUCCUGGCUGGAUCUCACGACCAAGCUGCGCGACCAGCAACCCACAUCGCAGGAGGAGGUCGUCAUGUGCGCGCAGAUUUUGCUCGACAGCGUCAUCUUCCAGAAGCACAAGGACUACGUCCGCAAGCAGCUCAUCUACAGCCUACUGCAGGAGGACGAGGCCGGCCCGCUGCACGCCAUAGUAUGCAUGCUGCUGCUCGACGGCCACCGCGACGAGGCGACGUUUCCGCGCAUGAUCCAGGAGGCGUGCUUUCCUCGGCUCCUGGAGCUCAUCAGCAGCCGGGACGCAAACGAUGACCCGCGCCUCCAUCGGUUUCUGCUGCAGCUCAUGUACGAGAUGUCGCGCGUAGAGCGCCUUUCGCCGGAGGAUCUGGCGCUGGUGGACGACGACUUUAUACACUUGCUCUUUGGCCUCAUCGAGGGCGUUUCCAGCGACGUCAACGAUCCGUAUCAUUACCCGACCAUUAGAGUACUGCAAUACAUGCUUGCGUCCACAGACACGGUCACGAAUCCCGGAUCGGUACCGGAACCAUUGACAAACCGCAUCGUCAAGUGCCUGAGCCUCCACGGGCCAAGGUACCGAACGUUUGGAGAGAAUAUCAUCCUGCUCCUCAACCGGGAGACGGAGACGUCUCUCCAACUGCUGAUUCUCAAGCUUUUAUAUCUUCUUUUUACCACGAAAGCGACGUACGAAUAUUUCUACACAAACGACUUGCGAGUGCUCCUAGACGUCAUUAUCCGAAACCUGAUGGAUCUUCCUGAUGAGAGAAUGUCUCUCCGACACACAUACUUGCGAAUCCUAUAUCCUCUGUUGGCGCAUACGCAGAUGAACCAGCCGCCACAUUACAAGAAGGAUGAAAUUCUCCGCGUCAUCAGGAUCCUGAGGGGCUCGCACAACGCUCACUUUGCGCCUGCCGAUCCGACAACCCUGCGACUGGUGAACCGAGUAGCCAAGGUCAACUGGCUCGAGGCAGACGAUGAAGAAUACGAGGCAUCCGGACAGGCGGAGGUUGCCCGAAAGCUCCUGGGCAUGAGCGUCUCGCCGAGGGACUCGUCCAGCAGUGUUAGCGUCAGUGAUGUGGCCGAGGUCACGGAAAAGCCAGGCGUGCAUACACCCAGUCGGACUCAGGACGCGAAGGCAGACCCCGGGCACUUGGAACACGACGGGGAGUCGGAGGACAGCGUCGGCAAAGCCAAGAAGCCCCUCCCGGCAGUCCCCAAACACCGACACGGCAUCCCCUUCAAGCAUGCUGCCACUACGGUACACAUUGCCAAUAUUGCCACCAAAAAGAUACCACCAAAAGCGCCACCGCCCAGACGACAAGGCAAGGCGAGAAUGGCAGAAACGGCAUCUGACGAACACCUCGCGGGGGCCAUGAACUAG